AUGGCGGAAGCCCCUGGAGGUCCCACAGCGCUGGCAGAGGAGGCUCAGCCCGCCCCGCCCGAAGCGCACACCUCGGAGCUCAGCUCGGAUGACAGAGCCGGUCACCUCUCAUUCUGUACGAAAUUGUGCUAUGGCAUUGGCGGGGUCCCCAACCAGGUGGCCUCCAGCGCCACGGCCUUCUACCUGCAGCUCUUUCUGCUUGAUGUGGCACAGAUCCCUGCUGCCCAGGUAUCUCUUGUCUUGUUUGGAGGGAAGGUGUCUGGGGCAGCUGCCGACCCUGUUGCUGGGUUCUUCAUCAACAGAAGCAGGAGGACAGGGUCUGGACGACUCAUGCCCUGGGUGCUGGGCUGCACGCCCUUUGUUGCCUUGGCCUACUUCUUCCUAUGGUUCCUGCCCCCCUUCACCAGCCUUCGAGGCCUCUGGUACAUGACCUUCUACUGCCUGUUCCAGGCCCUGGCCACGUUCUUCCAGGUUCCAUACACUGCACUCACCAUGCUCCUGACUCCCAGCCCCAGAGAGCGUGAUUCUGCCACUGCAUACCGGAUGACCAUGGAGAUGGCCGGGACCCUGAUGGGAGCCACCAUUCAUGGACUCAUCGUGUCCCCUGCUCAUGAGCCCCACAGGUGCGAGAAGGCUGCACUUCCGCCAGGCAGUGUCUCCCCGGACGCAAUGCGUCUCUACUCCAUUGCCGCCGCUGUCAUUGCCUUGACUUACCCUGUGUGCACAAGCCUGCUUCACCUGGGGGUGAAGGAGAAGCCAGACCCCUCCAGCCCAGCCUCUGGUCAGGGCCUGAGCUUCCUGGCUGGGCUGGUCCUCACUGUCCGGCACCCACCCUUCCUGAAGCUGGUGGUCUCCUUCCUGUUCAUCUCAGCUGCCAUCCAGGUAGAACAGAGCUAUCUGGUCCUGUUCUGUACACAUGCCUCCCGGCUACAUGACCAUGUCCAGAGGCUGGUGCUAACCAUCUUGGUGUCGGCUGUGCUGAGCACCCCAUUGUGGGAGUGGAUUCUACAACGAUUUGGGAAGAAGACCUCGGCUUUUGGGAUCUGUGUGAUGGUGCCUUUUGCAAUCCUGUUGGCUGCUGUGCCCACAGCACCUGUGGCCUAUGUUGUGGCCUUUGUAUCUGGCGUGAGCAUUGCUGUGUCCAUGCUGUUACCCUGGUCCAUGCUGCCAGAUGUGGUGGAUGACUUCCAGCUGCAGCACCAGCAUGGCCCAGGCCUGGAGACUAUCUUCUAUUCCUCCUAUGUCUUCUUCACCAAGCUUUCAGGUGCAGGGGCCCUGGGCAUCUCCACACUCAGUCUGGAGUUCACAGGAUAUAAAGCUGGAGCCUGUGAGCAGGCAGAGGAGGUGGUGGUGACCCUCAAAGUCCUCAUUGGAGCCGUGCCCACCUGCAUGAUUCUCACUGGUCUGUGCAUCCUCCUGGUCAGCCCCACUCCAAAAGUGCCAAGCCAGGAUCCCUCCCGCCAGCUGAGCCUUCGGAGGAGGACCAGCUACAGCCUUGCUUAA